AUGAUUAGCAAACAGAAAAUUAUUACAAGAGGAAAGGAAAAAGAGAACUAUGCAAAUAAAGUAUUCAGUGCACAUGUGAUUCGAAGUCAAUUUGAACGUGGAUCCUAUCUGUCAAGCUUAAUAUUGUCAUUAGGUCAAUGGUUAAAUCAAAAUUUAAGUGUCCGGUCGCUCAUGUUGGGAAAAAGAAAGAUGAUCGUGUUCCUUUAUGAGGACAAGCUGAUUGGUAUCUUAUCUUAA